AUGGCGGGCGCAAGGAACAACGAGCUGCGCAUGACCCUGCUGGGCCUCGCCCUGCUUGGUAUGCUGCUGCUGAGCCACACCGCGGCCCCCGUGGAGGCCGCCGUGAGCGCGGGCGAGGACAGCUUCCCCGUCAACGGCGCCGGCGGGCGCUCGCUCAAAAGCUUCAGCAUGAACGGCGCCGAGGGCGAGAAGGGCAAAGGCGCCAAGCGCACCGAUGGCACCGGCGACUUCUGAUCUGAUCGAUAUCGGCCGCCGUCGAGCACUACUAAAUAAUCUGUUUGAUUAGCACACGUACGUACGCAUGGCCGUAUAUAUGGCUCGUGCGGCGGCG